AUGGCUGUUGAUACCCUGUCAGUGGCUGGGAUAGUCUCUGGUAGGAAUCCCGUGGAAUAUUCGGCCUCGUCGCCGUACACAUUGUUCUUAUUGCAAGCAUUAAUCAUCUACGCGUUUUCUAUGCUAUUCAAUUACCCAUUGGGCUUGAUUAAACAACCAAGAGUUAUUGGAGAAGUCAUAACAGGUAUUGUACUAGGCCCUACAGUUAUGGGUAGAAUCCCUAAUUUCACUUCACGCAUAUUCCCUGCCCUGAGUAUACCUGGCUUGACUUUGGUAGCAAAUAUUGGGAUCAUUUUAUUUAUGUUUGUCAUUGGUUUAGAAGUAGACUUGCUCUUUAUGAAAAAAAAUAUGAGAGUUGCAUUAUCAGUGGGUUUGGCUAAUACUCUUGUUCCAUUUGGUCUUGGAUGUGCUAUUGCUGUGGGUUUGUUUGAUCAUUACCGUAAAAAUGACCCCAACCUACCAGAAAUCAAGUUUACAACUUAUAUGGUUUUUUGUGCAACAGCUAUCUGUGUUACUGCAUUGCCUGUACUAGCGAGAAUUUUAAGAGAAAUUGGAUUAUCAAAAGAUAGGUGUGGAGUCAUUGUGUUAUCGGCCGGUAUUUUUAAUGAUUUGGUAGGUUGGAUACUUUUAGCGUUAUCAAUCACGCUUGCUAAUGCAGACAAAGCGGUCAACACCGUAUAUAUUAUAAUGUUGACUGUAGGAUGGUUCAUAGUGGUAUUGUUUCCUGUGAAAUGGAUUUUACAUUUGUACUUGAAACGCUGGACAAAUGAGAUUGAAGUUGGUCCAAGUCAUGUCACAACCACUUUGAUUCUUAGUACAGUGUUUACCAGUGCUUGGUUUACAGAUAUUAUUGGUGUUCAUGCUAUUUUUGGGGCAUUCAUGGUUGGCUUAAUUAUUCCUCGUGAACUGGAUUUCCAUCACAAAUUCAUUGAAAAGAUUGAUCUGUUGGUGAGUGCUAUUUUUAUCCCACUUUACUUUGUUUUGGCUGGUCGUAAUGUGAAUUUAGGCACACUUGACAAAGGAAUUGAUUGGGCAUAUAUCAUUGGAAUCAUUGGGUUGGCUAUGUUUGGGAAGAUUAUUGGUGGCUUACUAGCUGCAAGAAUAAAUGGUAUUUUUUGGAGAGAAUCCUUAGCAGUGGGUGUUUUAAUGUCAUGUAAAGGUAUUGUCGAAAUUGUUGUUUUGCAAGUGGGUUUGAAUGCAAAAAUUUUGAAUCAAAAGACGUUCUCCAUGUUUAUUCUCAUGGCCAUUAUUACAACAUUUUUAACCACACCCUUAACGAAACUUGUGUAUACAGAAAGUUAUCGUCAGUAUGUCAAUCAACAAUUGGCUGCUGAAAAACAAAAGGAACAACAAUCAAUAGAUACUUCGGCGAUUUCCAAUACAAAUAAUUCAGGAAUUGCAACACCUCCUGAAGACAAUGAUGAUCAUGUCGUUAGUGUUUCUCAUGUUCUUGAUGAUGAGAACACGGAUAGAGAAACUAACGGAAAGUCAGGUUGA